UUCAAAGUUUUCAAUUUAAAAUUAAACAAAAAAUGAAAAUCUCUUUUCUGCCCAGUACCCAUUUGUCAAAUUUUUCAAUUAUGAAACAAAAUUUCCAAACAAUAUCUAUUCGUGACAAAUUUAGACAAUUCUGUAACCUAAAUUCCUCAAGAAUCUUUCAUUGAGGAGAGUCAAUAUUGAACCGGACGUUUUAUGGCUACAUAUAGGAAACGACAUUGAUCUGAUAAAAAGGCACAUCCAUAAAGUGAAAAUUUCUUCUACUUUCGACAAGACACAAUCAUAACAGGAUGAGAUAACAAACAUCUUUUGUAGAAUUUUGUAUCCCUUCUUCUCUAUUUGUUUUUCUUUCUUUUGAUGCUUGUCUUAUGUCAAACUUACACAUUACAAUCUGGUACACGUAACUACACAAAGAAAUGAAAAAAAGACCAAUUGUGCAAUGCAAUUCGUCGACACCCAGGUUUACUUUUACGUCAAAGAAUCGCAAUGAAACACGACCUGUCUUUUGUAUACUUAACUAUGGACUUUAUAAGUAGGGAGCUCAUAACUAAUAACUAGUCAGUUUCAUUUUUUUUUCGGAAUAAUCACAAUGUUCGUGCGAAUAGUGAAUUUGUGUCUUCUCAUUUUUUCAGUGAAUUUGUGUAUUACUCAGGGAAUAAAUACCUCAAUUAAUGAUGUAGACUAUUUGCAAUUAAAAAGAUUCCUAAAUCGACAAAUUUCCCUUUUAAAAAAUAAUAACAAAAUUGAUAAAAAUACACCACUCGGGAAAUUACUUCGAAAAUCGAAUACUGAGGAAAAUUCUGAUAUUCAACAAGACAGUGAAUUUUAUUUGGGAAAUAUCAAAUGCUGGAGGUACAAUAUCGAGAAGAAAACUGUGAAAAUUUCCGAAGAAGAAAAUAAUCGUUUCAUGAAUUUUGUGUGGACAUUUACGAAUGAAGAAAAUUCAACAGUUACUGCCUCAAUUCCCAUCAAUAACAGAAGUACGUUUGUCACAAAAACUGCGAAUUCGGAUGAAAAAAGAAGCGAGUUCUAUUUUGUUGUUCAUUGUAAUAUACCUAAGGACAAAGAUAAUUUAACCAAGGAAAUGAAAUUUGUCAAUGAGACAAAUUCGAAUUUUAAAGCAUUUACAAACACUGCUGGACAAUUUCAUAAAUCUCACGAAAUUCUUGUCGAUCAGAAAAAUUUGACGAAUUCACUGGAACAGAAAUUUUCUGUUAAAAAAUUCGUGGACAAUCUCAAUAUAGUUGUUUUGGGAAAUAUUUCAAAAAUUGAUCUCCAAAUUCCAGUUGAUCAAGAAAGACUCUUGCAAUGGAAUGAAAAUGGAAAAAUAUCGGAUAUAAUGCGUUCCUUAGAGCGCAUGACUCAAACUAUGGUGUUGCGAUUGAAUGUGCGCAAUCCUCCACCGGGCGAAUGGUCUCUUAAAAUUACACCCGGUGAAAAUUCAAAUUAUCAUUUUAUUAUCGCCACAGUAUUCAAUGAUUCGAAAACAGAAGAAGAGGAUCGUUUCAAACACAAUGACAAUGCAACGGACGAGUUCAAGGAAGAGCGACAAGAAGAAAUUGUUGCAGAAAGCAGAUUUAACGAGAAAAUAGUCGAAAAACCGAGGAAUAUAUCUUCGAUUCAAAUAUCUUCGAGAUCAUUUGAACUCGAUGAGAAUGACAGAGAAGAAGAUCGUAAUUUGCAAGCAGCUGAACAAGAGAAAUGGAUUCCGGGAAAUUUGUCACAAUCGACAAAUUUAGAAUCGAGAAUUGCUUUUCCAGACUUCAGUAAAGAGGAGAUUGUUAAUAAUAACAGAAAAGUAUUAGUUGGUCCACAAAUAGAAAAUCGAAUUCAACACGAAUCUUUGGAAAUUGACGAUCUCACAAGAAGUACAAGUGACGGUUUUUUCCAAAAGAAAUUAGUUACUGUUGACGUGAGCUCAGACAGUAAUCUAAUCAUAAGAACAGGAUCAGGAAGAGUUAGAAUAGUUUUCGAUGUCAAAAACAAUCAGAUCAAAGAAUCAAUUUUGUGUUAUAGAGCCUUAGGUUCACCCAUCGAAGUAGUUCAAGUAUAUCCCUCAAAUCCACCUUUAACGGUGAGCCCAUACUGUAAUUUAGCGACACCAGGACAAAUAGUUACAGUUACAGCGGAAAUAUUCAUACCUCUUGGAAUAUCGGACACCGUUAAUCCUAUAACACUUACUGUUCUGGUUGAUGGUUCGGAAUCAAAAACAAUAAAAAAAACGGCUAAUUUAUUCAUUCAGAAUUCAAAUCUUCGGAAAUUCGACGAUACGAGACCAAUUAUUAAAUACUAUUUCAAUAAUAAUUGCGGAGGAUAUUUGAGAGAAGAUAGAUGUUCGAAGAGUAUUUGGAGCGUAGACAUAACUGUACAAGAUGUUGAUUCAGGUCUAAAACUAGUGACCUCAUCUCCAUCCGGAAUUGAAACACAAACCGAUUAUAUCAGUGGAACAACCAAUCAAGUAAAAUUUUUCUAUUAUGCAACCUGUUGUCAUCGAAUUGUCAACAUAUCUGCCGUUGAUAUGUACGGCAAUUACAAUAAUCGCAGAAUAGACGUUACAGAAUGGGACAACCUGAACGAUGGAGAAAUCAUUGCGAUUGUAAUGGGUGUUUUGUUUUUGAUAUUAUUGAUAAUUUUCAUUAUCUUACUGAUUAUGUACUGUCUGAAGAGAACGAAAAGCCGGGAUUUGCCGUAUACACAAAGAUACGGAUCUGCAUCUCCUGAACAAAGGCCAGAAAGAACUAGAUUUUAAAUUUUCCGAAAUUUUCCUACGUUUUCAUGAUUGUAAAUAUAGAAAUAGCCGUGCAAAUUUUCUUUGAUAUUUUUAUACGAAGCGACGAAUAUAAAUUAUUGUAUUUCCAUGUACCACUUAAGAGAAUUAUAAUCUGAAUUUUCCACUUAAAGUAAUUAAACGAAAAUAUUUAAUGAAAUAUGUAAUCUCAAGUCUAGAACAGAAAUUUAUGUAUAAGUACGUCAUUGUAUUAUUAUUAAAA